CACAUUCUCAUUAUAGUUUGUUUACUGCUGAAAUUUUUUCCAGCUAUUGACAAUUAUGGACUCGGCAUAGAUCGAGUUCCAGUAAGCGGAGCUCGUGCAAUUAACAAAUCGGUUCAGCACAGAUCAAGUCCUCGGGAGUGCCCAGUUCGGAAAAGUCUACUGGGGAAAACACGAAUCGGCACGAAUUAUAAGUUUGUAUGCAGAAUGAGAUACUCGUCCACAAAGAGAUUAGGUCCCAUCCAAGGGUAGCGAAGCAGAUCGGAUACUGUGACGAAGACGGUCAUGACGCGCUUAUUUACAAUCUCAAGCCACUCGACAAUGUCCUAAACCUAAUACCUAAAGGGAUACGAUCUAAAAAUAUUAGAUUUCAGUAUGUUUCUUGGUGGAACCUUUCAAGAUAUGGUAAAAGCACCAGACGAUACCGGAAGAGCUCUCAAUGGAGGUUUUGGUUACACCGAUUAUCCUGCUUUAUCAUAUUAUUCAAAGGGUCUGGGACAGUGGUCCGACAUCUUUGCAUUUGGUGUCCUCGUUCUCGCGUUGAUCUGUAAAAGAGCCUAUGAUCCUGAAGGACUUCACUAUGAGUUGGUUCUUGAUGUGUGGGCCAAAUUACAGCAAGAAGAAAGACCCAAGAGAGUGAGGAAAAACCUGAGGUAUUCAAAGUACUCCAAGUUUUUCCUUGUCCACAGAAGCCUGAUAUCGAGUAAAGGCUAUUCCGGUCGUGACGGCUUUGCUCUUACAAGGCUGGCAAUGGAGCGUGUAGAGGAUUCAGCUCGUUCCCGGCUCUUGAGCAAUGAAGUUGUCAACUUUCUACUCAUGUUAAAAAUUGUUAGGCGUUAUGGUUCUGAUCUGGGCAUCGACCAUCUGCUUUGCCUCCACAAGGAACGUGCUUAGUUACGCUUGAUGGCUAAUAAGAUCAUGUUAUGGUUCUCUUCUCAAUUUUCUGCAAUUUAAUUUUCUGCUUCCUAAUUUCCUCCUCGUCCCUCUUCCAAAAAUACUGUUCAUAUUUUACGGUUCAUAGAACCGAUGUCUUUUAGAAUUAGUUGGCAUGGCUGGUAACCCAAAAAAAUUGGUUAUCAUGGAACACUUGUCAUUUUCAUUUUUUAUUGGUACUGGCAGCUUAGAUAUGUCAUUCACUUUAUUAAGCCGGUAUUCCAUUUUUUUUUCAGUAACAUAUGUUGAGAAAUUAUAUAUAUAUAUAUAUAUAUGAAGAGGACAGUUAAUUUUU